GGUGGUUUUUAUUUUUAAAACCAUCACGUCUCGUUCAGGUUUACAAGAUAUAUCGAGUAGAACCAAGUUUUUUUGGGGACAGGGUUGAAACUCUUCCUACUGUAGAAAAUUGCGUACGGUUGUGCAAUUUUAUUUUAUUUUUAACAGCGUCGUCUUUUCCCGCAAACGUCCCGGGGCAGUGGCGGCCGAGAGUGCGAGUACGGGAAGGAUAAUAGCAGGACGAUGGCAGAAGUUGAGGCAGCCGUUGUUCUACUUGACGACCUCAACACGAAAGACAAGAGGGCUUGCAUCGAGACCCUAAUCAGGAUCUUCAGGAAUGUUGUACAGAAUCCCGAGGAGCCCAAAUACAGAACUUUGAAGAUCACCAACAAGGUCUUCCAUGGAGACGUCUGGAGACACGAAGUGGGCCGGUCCUUGAUGGAGGCUGCGGGAUGGGAGAUAAGAGGAGAAACCGUCCAGCUUCCUCCCGGCGUAGAACUAGCCUUACCCCUAGAAGUCCUCUUAGCCAACAGGGAAGUGAAACCUGACUCAAAGGAAUGGGUAGCAGAGACUAAGGUCGUGGUGCCCAAUGCUGCCAAGGAGCACGAAGAGAAGCUCCGUCAGAAAGCUUUGGCGGAGAAGGAGAAGGAGAUGGCAGCUUUGAAGAAGGAUAUGGCAGAACGCAAGGCAAUUGCUGACAGGAUUUUAGCUGAGCAUCGCAACGACAGGGAGAAAAAGAAAGUGACCAAGCCAUCGAAAGCAACCCCCCUAGGCAAGGGUGGAGUGGCCAAAAUGUCGGAAAUGUUGCCGAAGCAAGGUGGAGGAUGAGGUUAAAGCCCGUCACGGUCGACCAGAUGAGAGCACAAUUCUACAACAGCGGGCGUGGAGCAGUGAUUUAACCACAAGUCUUUGUGAUGUUGCUUAUGAUGAUUAUGUGGUACAGAUGAUAUUUUUUGUUUCGAGAUAUGAACUAUUUUUAUAUUAAGGCAGCAUCCACUCCCCAAGUUGCUCAGAUGGUCACCUGACAUGAUUUUUUUUUGUCUGUGAGGAUUAAAAAGGAAUAUUUUGAUUUAUGUUUUUAACACAAGAGCCAUGCUUAGAGAAAGAGAGUUAGCACUGCAUAAUUAUAAAACGUGUAUGCUGAAGACAGUUGCCUUAUCUUACAUGGUAGCAUAAUCAGUAAAACAUGAAGUUCAAGAGAUUUAAAUAGGCAGUUUAUUGGAACACUUGAGAGAAAAAGAAACAUGGCUCACUGCUUGACUUUUACUCUGGGGUUUAUGAAGCAUAUAUCCACAAGACCAAUUGGUGCGGAUAUAAGUGGAUGCACACACUUCAAGAGUAAAAGCCAAGCUUUAUGUGUGUGCACAUAUAUGUAUGUACAUGUAUGUGCGCACGCACACACACACACACACACACACACACACACACACACACACACACACACACACACACACACACACACACACACACACACACACACACACACACACACACACACACACUUUGUUGGACAGGUUCUUAUUGAAAACCCCUGCAGAAGAAAGUGAGGAAAGCCACAAAAGGGGAAUAAGAUUCAGUUAUUCAGUUCGGGCUUUGUCCUCCAUCUCUGCCAGCAUCUUCAAGUUGUUUGAUAUUCAAAGUAAAUGCUGUACAUUCUACUUAAUAAAAACAGUUUAUUGCAAUACAUUCUGUUGUGCUGUGUGUUUAUACAAUAAUCAUUAUUAACAAGUACAUUUUUCUUGUUUAAAAACAAGUAACAAAAAAAAUUUAUGUGUUUUUGGGAGUCUGGAACAGAUAAACUGCAUUUCAGUUUGUUUUAGUGGGGAAUACUGAUAUGAUAUGUGAAUAAUUUGAUUUAUGAGCUUCAUCAGAGAAUGAAUUAAGAAACCACUGUGUAUGUGUAUAUAUAUAUAUAUAUAUAUAUAUAUAUAUAUAUAUAUAUAUAUAUAUAUAUAUAUAUAUAUAUACACACACAUACAUAUACACAGAUACAUACAAAUGAUGUACGUUUAUAUAAUCCCCUUCCAUUUUUUAUUGAGUUUUGUUUGAUUAAAGAAAGAAAAAAAAAAAGAAAAAAGGUUUGUGGGUUAUUAAAGAUUCUGGAUUUCUUGACUUCUUUGAUGUAUGUGGACUUUUUUCCUACGGCUUUUAACAGGAUUGUUAUCGUAGGCAUUUCUUGGCCGUCCUUGUAAGUCUAUCCCCUUUUCGUCUUUUCUUUAUUGUUAUUAUUUCUUUUCUUUCUUGGAGUCAUUUCUGAAAUGAAAAUAAACAACAUUAAGAA